GUGGUUGUAUAGAUACUAUAAAUACAGAAGCAUUAUCUCUAUAUGCUUUUACUUUGAUUUUAUCUUUUAUUUCUAGCAAAACCUAACAAUUUAACCAACAAAAUAGGACGAUAAUUGUUAUAUUCUAACAUGAACAAUAUUGUUUUAUAAGAGAUUGUAAAGUAUUUAUAAAGCUUUUAAUAAUAAAAUCAGAAAUGAGGUUUAGACCUCUACUAGUAGGUGCUAUUGUAUCUGUAAAUUUAUUACCAAAUACUAUAUUCUUAGACAAAUAUAGAAAAUUCAGAGCUACAUAUGGUUUUGAUGGUAAUGAACGGCCAGUUCCAGACAAAAUUAAAAAAAGGUUUAGAGAAGUAAUAAAUGAUUUAAAAUUAUCAGAAGAAGAUAGAAAUAAAAUUCAAAUAUUUAGUGUUCAUGAUAUAAAUAUAUUUCAUGCUGGAACACUGCUAGGUCUUGAUGCAAUAAUUGGAAUUCCACCAAAUUAUGCUUAUGAAAGUACUGAAAGUCUAAGUGCAGAUCAAGUAAAAAUAGAAAAUAAAGAUAUGUUAUGGAAUGAAGAAACUUCAAAAAAUUUCUUAGAAUCUUUGGUGCUUUCAGAAAAUGCUCAGAAAUUUGCAAUAGCUCGAGCAAUUUUAAAAGUGAAACGACCUGAGUUUUGGAUUAAGCAAGUAGAUACAAUUAUAGAUUGUAUGAUAUUUUUUUUAAUAUAUGAUACUUUUAAAAUAGCAGUAAAAUCUCGUAUCAAAUUAAAAAUAUUGGUUUAUGCAAUCAAUGGUAUUAUUGCUUUUGGAGCUUUUCUUAUUUGGGCAAUAUCAGAACAACUAAUAGAUGUUAAUGCUGAUAAAAGUAUUUCAUACGAAUUGGCUGAAUUAGAUCCUAAAUAUGUUCAAGGUGGUAAAGAAUAUUAUGAAAAAUUAUGCCAACGUGAUAACGUAUUGCGUCCUUACUUCACAAAAACUUCGAAAUUUUUUUCUUGGAUUAAUAAAAGAGAGGCAUCACCUUUUACACAGAGCAAAUUCUUUGAUUCAAAACUGUAUGAAAUGAACGGAGAAGAACAUGUUUCUAGCAAUGUUAUCUUCCAAUAAAAAAAAUUACAGUAUAUUAUUGUAUAAAAAAAUGUAGAAAGGAAACAAUUCAUAAAUUAGUGACAAUUUUUGUAACAAUAAAUGUUUAUUCUAUUAAUGAAUUAUAAA